GUAAAGGCAAUGUGACACCUAAAUCUCGUUCCACGUUAGGGGAAACGGUUGGUCGCAUCAUGUAGAUCUCAUCUCGUAAAGCCGUCGAUGAAAUUUUUGCUCAUGAGUACUACGACAGGCCAAAGAACAAGAUGGAUGUUGUACCUGAGCGAAAAGAAGCACAGAGGCCAAGGAGAAAAUCAGUAUAUGGCCGUAUUGAUUCUACAUCGCUAGACCCAUCUCGACCUACACUUACCUCCGACCAACUGGACAAUACGCCCCUAAAGCGGCAUGGGAAACCCGCCCCAAACAGCAAGAUGACGGAUGCCUCGUAAAAACAAACCAAACCCCAACUCAACACCUACAACACUUCUUGCCACAUCCCCAAAUUCAACAAAUGGCCCGCUCAGAUGAGGCCGAGUUCUGGUUUAACGCAGUCUACUCCGCGGUCCAAGAAAUCCCCCCCGGAAAAGUAACAUCCUAUGGUCAAAUCGCCCUUCUACUUGGGUAUCCGCAACGCCCCCGUCAGGUAGGCGUCUGCCUGAAACAUCUACCGUCUGAUCCCGGAGAGUAUUUUAAUUCGACAAAUGUUCCUUGGCAACGGGUGAUUAAUGCCAAGGGCAUGAUUUCACAUCGGGAGCCGGGGAGUGCGGAGCGACAGGCAGAGGCGUUGAGAGAAGAAGGGGUAGAGGUAGAGACGGAUGCUAUGGGGGAGUUUUAUGUGGAUUUUGGUCGGUUUGGUUGGUUUCCUUCAGUUCUGCCGAGUGAGAUGGAGAAUGAGGUCAACGGGUAAAUUUAGUUGUGCAUAUACCACUGCUGUAGACUAUGUGCAUCUCGUUCAGGGAUAUAUAAUAGCGGUUACCGUAUCACGCCCGUCGUGAGGGCCAUCGCACAUAACAUGUCGCAGACUGUGAUUGUAUCUUAUACCCUCCCUUUUUUUAAAUGGAAUGUGGCCACACAAUCAUCUACCUAAA